UGUGGUACUGUAAGGUUAUUUUAUGAUAAAGAUGUCAGUGAUGUCAGGAAUGAAAAUAUGAAUAGUAAUUUCAUCUAUUCAAUCAAAACAAAAUAGCCUAAAAUAAAAGCUAAUAGCACUACUGAUAAUAUGGCCGGAUCAGAGCGCAUCCAUGUUUGUGUUCUUACAGUUAUUAUGGCAACAAACAGAACUCAAACAGCCACGGUAUGUAUGUCUACUUAAGUGAGUUAAGUGAGUUUACUCAAGAUAGUGGUUAUACCUUUUACUCACAUCUAAUCUCAGGCGACCACUCUGGCUCUAAAUUACCUGUUUCUCCAGUAGGCUACAUGUGUGUCAGUAUAGAGUCAUCUAAUGCCCGUCAUUCAGUGUGGUACGAGAAUAGCCAGGCUACUUAAGACGCCGGGUUUAUGGAAAGGAAGUGACAGAUUCUCGCUACACACAAUCGGGCAGAUUAGCCUUGAGGUCAGUGAUCUGGUUUCAGCACCAUGGAUAGUGACACUCGCGGCCAAACAGCGCGCGAUCAUUCAUUGUCACACAUUUUGAUUUUUUUGAGAAGUUAUUUUUUAAUUGCUAAACACUGCUAAAACAACGUAUUUUCUCAUCGCGAUUGUGUAAAAUGUAGGCAUGGGAAGUUUUUGUUCUUUUAUCUUGAAUUUCUACUCACGGCUCACUUUGAAUUAGGCUAAAAUAAUCACAAAUAGGAGUUGGACCAGCAUAGGGGGUGGACCAGCGAGUUGAUAAAGGGAAGCAAGGUUUGAUGGUAUGUGAGUGAGAGGUUAAGGGCGGAGAGAGAAGGUGAUAGUGAAUAGGGCUGCGCGCUCAAGCGGGAGUGCACGCGGACAGCAAAUCGGUCGGAGACUGGAGUCGCAAGGAUGGAGAUACGACCAGAAAGGUUUAAAAUCGUCGCGGGCCAGACCCUCGGAAAAUUACACAAAAUCCUAGAGAAGCGGCAGGAAAAUGGUGAGACCAUCGAGCUCACCAAUGAGGGCCAGGCGGUUAUCGUGGAGGAGAAGGAGAUGCCCGUGGUGGACUGCACCUGCUUCGGCCUGCCACGGCGCUACAUCAUCGCCAUCCUUUCCGGCCUGGGCUUCUGCAUCUCUUUCGGCAUCCGAUGCAACUUGGGCGUGGCCAUCGUCAGCAUGGUCAACAACCAAACCAUCUACAAGGGCGACAAGCCAAUCCUUGUGAAAGCUCAGUUCAACUGGGAACCAGAAACGGUUGGAAUGAUCCAUGGGUCAUUUUUCUGGGGAUACAUAGUAACCCAAAUACCCGGGGGAUUCAUCUGUCAAAAAUUUGCAGCCAACAGAGUCUUUGGCUUUGCCAUAGUGGCCACCUCAUGCCUGAAUAUGUUGAUCCCUUCGGCAGCACGAACUCACAUUGCCUGUGUUAUCCUUGUCAGGAUAUGUCAAGGACUCGUGGAGGGUGUUUCAUACCCAGCGUGCCACGGCAUCUGGGCAAAAUGGGCCCCACCUCUUGAAAGAAGUCGAUUGGCCACGACAGCCUUUUGUGGGUCCUAUGCAGGAGCCGUGAUAGCCAUGCCACUGGCUGGAGUGCUAGUCCAGUACUCAGGGUGGUCGUCUGUCUUCUAUGUCUAUGGCAGCUUUGGGAUCUUCUGGUAUCUCUUUUGGAUCCUGGUGUCGUACGAGAGCCCGGCAGCCCACCCCACCAUCACAGAACAGGAGCGGAAAUACAUUGAGGAGGCUAUCGGAAUGUCAGCCGCUAACUCUACACCUGUUACGAAAUGGAACACGCCUUGGAGAGCCUUUUUCACUUCGAUGCCAGUCUACGCCAUCAUCGUGGCCAAUUUCUGUAGAAGCUGGACCUUCUACUUGCUCCUCAUCAGCCAACCUGCAUAUUUUGAAGAAGUGUUUGGGUUUGAGAUCAGCAAGGUGGGCUUGGUGUCGGCUCUCCCCCAUCUAGUGAUGACCAUCAUCGUGCCGAUCGGUGGCCAGCUGGCUGACUACCUGCGCACAAACAAAAUCAUGAGCACCACCAACGUCCGGAAGAUGAUGAACUGCGGAGGUUUCGGAAUGGAAGCCACCCUGUUGCUAGUGGUCGGGUUUUCUCAUACGAAAGUGGUGGCUAUCACCUUUUUGGUUCUGGCUGUGGGCUUCAGUGGGUUCGCUAUUUCAGGCUUCAAUGUGAACCACCUGGACAUUGCUCCCCGCUAUGCCAGUAUCCUCAUGGGCAUCUCCAACGGGGUGGGCACUCUGUCUGGCAUGGUGUGCCCGCUCAUUGUUGGUGCCAUGACCAAACAUAAGACGCGGGAAGAGUGGCAGUAUGUGUUUCUCAUCGCUGCACUCGUUCAUUACGGCGGUGUUAUAUUCUAUGGACUUUUUGCCUCCGGAGAAAAACAGUGGUGGGCAGAGCCCGAGCAACUUAGCGAUGAGAAGUGUGGAAUUCUGGAUGAGGAUGAGCUGGCCAAUGAGACGGAGGAGUUGUACCGUACUAGCGGAGAAGGAGGCUACGGAGCAACGAUCCAAGCUCAGGAUCCCAACGGAGGAGGAGGAGGUGCAGGAACCUGGGUCUCGGACUGGGAUAAGACUGAGGAGUUAGUACAACCACCAGGAACCAAUAGCUACCUGUACAGAGGAGAGGAAGACAGGGAGCUAACAUAGAGGGACUUACAGGUAGGAGUUACAGAGUGGGGUAGAAGACAGAAAGAGUAGAUAGUUUCCUUUUGGCACAGGAACUUGGAAAGAGGUGGGGUGGGUGGUUGGGAUGAGGGUGAGGAGCGGAAGAAGGGGAGGACCAAAGUAUUAUUUACGGAGAACUGAAAAAGAUUGUACAACAGCGGAAAGAGGAUGAGCCAUGUACUAAGCAUCUGUACAGUGCUUUCGGAAAGUAUUCAGAUCCCUUGACUUUUUCCACAUUUUGUUAUGUUACAGCCUUAUUUUAAAAUGGAUUCAAUCGCUUUUUCCCCUCGUUAAUCUACACACAAUAACCCAUAAUGACUUAGCAAAAACAGGUUUUUAUUUUUUAUUUCAAAGAAAAAACUGAUAUCACAUUUAUAUGUAUUCAGACCCUUUACCCAGUACUUUGUCGAAGCACU